GUGGGGGGGGGUGGCAGUCUUUUUUGGGAGGGUGACACUUUGGGCAGCUCUCGACUCAGUAAACUGGCCUUUUAAGUUUAGACUGUUUAAUGUGCUGCUCUUUCCUGAAGAUCCUUUCACUUUCGCUUCCCGGAAGGAUUGUGUGUGUGUGUGUGUGCGUGUGUUUGUGUGUGUGUGUGUGUGUGUGUGAGACUCGCUGCGCCAUCGUCUCAGUAACUGAAGAGGAAAUGUCACAGUAAAACAGUCUGGACAGAAUAAUGACCAACACGUCCGGCCCAGCUGAGAUGCAGGACUCCAGUGAAGUUCGGACCCCUGUGUGUUCAGCAGCUCCGGCCCCCCUGCCCUCCGUCUACCCUGAACCUCCAGAUGAGCUCUGUAAACUCCCAGGAAGAUUACGUAUUAACCCAUCUCUGUGGGAUAAGGAUGAUGUUAAUCUGUGGCUGCGCUGGGCUCAGAGGGAGUUCUCCUUACGCCGUGCUGAUCAUGAAAAGUUUGAGAUGAAUGGUAAAGCGCUGUGUCUGCUGACCAAAGAGGACUUCAGACUCCGCUGUCCGGGCUCAGGAGAUGUCCUCUAUGAGCUCCUACAGCAUGUGAAGCAGCAGAGACGCAGUCUGGCCUGCACGUCCUCAGCACCCCCCCUCAGCCAGCACAUACACACCUCGGUCAGCGCUGCAGGUCCCUGUGUUGCUGCUAACAGAUCCGUCCCCAUCUGUCCAGUGAAUCCGAAUGCUCGAACUUCAGUUGUGCCGGAUACUGACCACAACCUGGAAACCAGAGAACACUCCAGUCUCACACUGCACACACACUCAGAGGUGAGCCCUCCAGCCCUCAUCCGGCCCUCGCUCCUCAGCAGUAAAGACGAGCCGCUGAACUUGUCCAACAGACCAGAAGCGACCAGGAACUCCACAGAAACCUCUGAGGCUGAUGGAAAGAUUGCAGACUGCAGGCUGCUGUGGGACUAUGUGUACCACCUGCUGCUGGACCGCCGGUACGAGUCCUACAUCCGCUGGGAGGAUCCAGACUCCAUGGUGUUCAGAGUGGUGGAUCCUAACGGACUGGCACGGCUGUGGGGGAACCAUAAGAACAGAGCCAAUAUGACGUAUGAGAAAAUGUCACGAGCGCUGCGUCACUACUACAAACUCAACAUCAUCAAAAAAGAGUCCGGACAGAGACUGCUCUUCAGGUUUCUGAAGACCCCAGAGGAGAUAAUCCAGGCCAGAUCUGAUCGCUCUGAACCCCCGGAGUCUCCAGAGAGUCCGUCCUCCCCUUUAUUCAGAGAAGACGUCUUGGAAGUCUCACCCGCCUCAACGCCUGAGCCCUCCAGCCCCAGAUCUCACCACAGACUCAGUGUGUCCCCUCUGCCCUAAUCACAAAAUGCCCUAAUCCCAAACUGCUUUAAUCCCAAAGUGCUCUAGUCACAAACUGUUUUAUUCUCAAAAUGCCCUAAUCCCAAAACACCCUAAUGAUGAAAUUCCCUAAUCCACAACAUGCCCUAAUUCCAAGAUGCCCUAAUCCCAAAUUGCCCUAAUCUCAGACUGCUUUAAUCCACAAAAUAUCCUAUUUCUAAAAAUACCUUAAUAUGCAACAUCUGCAUCCCCAAAAUACCCUAAUCCACAAAAUGGCUCAUUCCUUAAAAUGCACAAUGCCCAAAAUACUAUAAUGCAAAAAUAUCCUAAUCCUGCUCUAAUCUACAAAAUAUCCUAAUCUACACUGUAAUCUCCAGAAUGACCUAAUUUACAAAACAUAUUCAUCCACAAUGCACACUAAUCCACAAAAUGCCCUGAUCCCAAAAUGCCCUAAUCCAUAAAAUGCUGUAAUUCCAAAAUGCCCUAAUCUGCGAAAUACCAUAAUGUCAAAAAUAUUCUAAUGCCUAAAAUGCCUUAUUCCUAAAAUGUCCUAGUCUUCAAAAUUCCAUAAUCCCAGAAACUGCCAAAUACCACUGGAUUAAUAUCCACCCCACAUUUCCUGCCCUUCGCGCCCGUGCCUGAGCCUUCAGCUCCUCUGACUACUUUGGACGGUUUUGAAUUUUAUAGUCAAGAGUUGCUUUAAGGAGAAAAAAAUGAUCUCACAGCAACAUUGGCUUUUAAUGCAGCUGUUGAUAUUUGUUUAACAGAGACAUUUAAUUCUGGAGCGUCGUAAUAACUGUGGAGUUUAAAGUAAUAACUGAGGCAUGGUGGUGUUAGCAUUAGCAUGUGUGUGGCUCAGAUGAGCACUUCAAAAAAUUCAGGUUUUUCAUAAAAUGUGAAACUAUAUUUGCAUUCAUGUAAUUAAGACUUUGUUGCAUCUUGGCUAAAGUGUAGAGAGCGUGACCACCACAUGCCUGAAGUGGUGCUAUAUAAUAAUUAAUUAGUGUGUAGACCAGACCAUACGCAUAUGUGUGAGCUAGUUCUGUAAACAAAGAAACAAGUGGCUAAGAAACUUUUAGUUUGGUUAUUCAUAUACCAUUUCAUUUAUACUGUCAAGAUAUACAAGAUUUAAUUUUUUUUUACUUUUCUUUUCUGGUACAUAUAUAAACACUUUGAGAAUUACACAUCUCUUCUGAUUAAGACUGAAACUUUCCUUUUAUUAAUCACAAAGUUUAUUCAUGCUUAAAACACUUUCUGUCAAGGAAAUCAGGUGUCUGUAUUGCAACAUUUUCGAUAAUUUAUUUGUGAAUGACUGUACUGAAAAAUAUGAAUAAAAAUGUUUUGCUGA